AUGAAACUGCUUGUACUGUUGCUCCUUCUGGCAUCCUCUCAUUCCUUCCCUACAGAACCCACCUUUCCUGAACAUCAGACAGAGAGUCGCUUACGCUUUGCCGGUCUGGAUGAAGUUUGGCUUUUGGCAAACGUCCUCCUACAGCUGGGCCAUAGCCUGAGGAACUUUGUGCAGAAAACCAAGAAUCAAAUCAACGAUAUUUUCCAAAAGCUCAAUAUCUUUGACAAAUCCCUCUGCCAACUUUCUGUGCUGGCCAGUGAGACCAAGGAGGAUGAGGAGGAGGAAGAACAAAGACAAAUAAUGAGGAAAUUGGAAGAAAUCAUAGAAGAGAGGAUCAAUCUGAAGUUGAGCUGUCUGUCCCAGAGUUUGCUCUCGGCUGAGCAGCUUGCUGAAAUCUCCAUGCUCAAGAUCUUCCAAAGGACUGCGAUGAGGUCUUCAGUCGACGACAGAUAUCCUGUGGCCUAUAUGUCAUUAAACCUCAAGAGUCACAACCGUUUCUUAGCCAGAGGUGAUUGUCCUCUGUCUUCCACAGAGAGAGUGUUCACUGUCAUCCAGCGCAGACAUGAUGGCUCUGUGGACUUCGACCUGUCCUGGGAGAAGAAUGAGGAUGGAUUUGGGGACUUCAGUGGUGGGUGGUGGUUUAGCGUUUGCGGCGACAUUAACCUGAACGGCAGAUGUAAUCAGAGCAGACCUCGUAAAAAGGGAACCCACUGGAAACCUGGCAGGGGAGCCACCAGCUCCAAGGCCUCAGAAAUCUCCAUUAGUCAUCUCACAAAGCCACAAAGCCCUUAAUAUCAACAGCAUGUGUAGAAGCACAGUAUGAUUGCAUUCAUGCUGAACAAUUGCAUCUUGGUUUAAUGGACAUGAUCAAGUUCCCAACUUUGUUGAGUAUGAACAUAUCAAUAUGAUGCAGUUAAAAAAGUUAAAAUGGUACAAUUACUGUGAAUAGGCCAGUGUUCUCCACAUGAUUCAGUCAUUUUAAUUACAUUGUAAUGAGAAUGUACUGAACAACUCUCAUUAACCCUUCUGAGAGCCACUUUCAGUCAUGUGUUUCAGCCAUUGAGAAGUCUUAAGCACAAAUGUACAGCUUUUGCCAUUCUUGCACUUCUUCCCAAAAAAUAUUUUCUUUUCAUUAUUUUAGUAGCAUUAAAUUCUAGGAAUUUUCAGUGGAACCUACACAGUGUGUGAGAGAGAAAGAGAGAGAGAGAGAGAGAGAGAGAGAGAGAGAGAGAGCAAUAUUGUUCAUAGUUGAUGCAGUGCCGCCCUCUGCUGAGCAUUGUCAAUAUUUGCAGUCAUUUUCAAUUAAAGCAGUAAAACUGUACAUAUACAGUAUUAUGUACACACAAAACUGUGCCAUUUGGGCAACAGAAAUCUUUAGAUUUUUAUUUAAUUUUUAAACAUGUUUUUUUUUUUUUUUUGCUUUAAAUUAUUUACAAAAUUAUAGUUUGUACAACUAUUAGGGAAACAAUAUUUUCCUGAGGCUUCAUGUACCAAGGCUUCAACA